GGGCUGUAUAGUAAGGUCAGAGAUUACUUUCAAGUCCAGCUAGUCCUGUGAAUCUGCUUGUCUCAAACCAUAGCUUCUGAGGAGUACAGGGUGCUGCUUCUCAGAUAACAGCCAUGGCUCUUGGAUGCCUUUUAUGGAUUUCCUGGACUUUGUUUUUGCUGUUUAAUGGCAGUUCUGGUUUACCAGCUAUAAAAGGGUAUGGCUAUCCUUACAAGACUGACUCACGUAACAUUGGUGAGGGAGAAGAUGAAGUAUGGAACUCUCUAUCGUCUGGCAGUAACUGGCAGGCUUCAGCCAGCCAGCCGACUGAUGCUGUAUACACAAGCUACAACAAGCCUUCAGUGGCACAGCAGCCAGUCUUUGUCAACACUCCACAAAAACUGCCAAAUGCUCUUGAGGUAGAGAAACCUGUUAAUGGUGAUCCAAGAGACUGGGGCCUGCAAAACCUUGCUGAACCGUUCAUCUUUCCUUUAAAACCCAACUACCUGCCAAGUGAUCCAGCAAAGCCUCAGCCGUACCCUAUCAAGCCUCAGGCAACAUCACUUAAUGCUGUGGCUUCAAACAGUAUGAAGGCCUCUCCAAGCACUGGUGGUCCUGUUCAUCAUGCUAGUCUAACUGCUUACUAUGAGCCUGCUACAUCUUACACCGCUCAAGCUGCAAAGUCUCCAAGUCUUGACUCUUCGCAGGCUGACCCAGUUAGCAGUGGUUACAAAGUGACUGACUUAGGUUUUGGUUCCCGAGAAAAGGCGUUUAACACUGGCUCAAGUGCACAUGGAGGCACCUUGCGUAACAUUCCCCAUCUUGUCUUUGAGGAGGUUUUUCAAUAUCCCUCUGAAAAUACAGCGCCAUCUCCAAGGUAUGUUGGCACUUCCAGUUCUGCAGGAGGGUACAGCCAAGCUCCUUACAUGAGUGAGGGGUCUCCAACUGGAUAUGCCUCAGAACCCUCGUUCCCAAGUUACCCAGCUAAUGUAGGAGCCCAGCCUGUCUAUACACCUGGGAAGGGACACUUAUCCUCUAGGUUCUCUGGAGAGAACCUUAGGUUUGGUCAAACAAGUUACCAGCCACAUGAGAACUCCCCUAGGCUUCCACAAAAACCAGACAUCAGCACCCAAACUCUCCCUUCUCAGAGAGUGAGUGAACCAAUCCUGCCUCCUUCACCCCCAAUCUACAGUAUGCAGUCCAGAAGCGCCUACCAGCGAGGCAGGUAUGUCUUCAGCGAAUCCACAUACUCGCCACAAUUUCCCCCUCCAAUGCCUGUAAGCGCGACAGGUGAAGGGCUUGCAACAAGUCAGCCAGCUGCUCCUAAGGGUGUACAGAACCCUCAAAGAACCAAAUGGUGACCAUGAUGUGUUAAAGUAACAGAAGGAUGUGCCCUCUGAAGAAAAUAAAAAUCUUAAAUUUGAA